ACGUGGAUGUCGAUUGUUUGGAGGCAAUUGAAAGAUAUUUAAGGACAUAGUUGAAGCAGAAUAUAAGAGGUUACAGAGCGAAUGAUCGCAAGCCAGUACAGGAUUCAUCCCAGAAUUGUUGUGACGCGCUAUCUUCCGAGGCAAGGAGGCUUAGGAAGAGGGAAGCUUGCAUCCUCUAGACCCAUAUUUGGGAAGAAUGGGCAUCAUCAUACGCCCAAGAGCACAUAGCGAGUGCACCACCUGUACAACCUCACCCUUCAUGCGCCUGAUCUCCAUCGAGAUUCGAAACUCAUCUUUCCAAGUGGAGGCAUACCGAAGGCAUGCGUCUUGUCAGAGAACAGAAAGCCAAAGGCGGCACGCCAGUUGGCCCCCUCGACAAAGUCGAGGGGUUCACCCUUGGGCCGCGAUGAGGCCUGGCGCCGGUCGCGCUCAAGAGCGCAACCUAUGGGCUGUUGUGGCCCGGUCUCCCUUGAGGGGAGACCAGAAGAAAACCUCAGUGGGUCUAAGGAUGGCGGGACCGCCUACAGAUGUAAGACGGCCCGAGAGCGAGGCUCAGCCUGGGGAAUCGAUGACAGGCUUGCCGCGAGUACAGCGCGCGGCAAAAGCGCCGGCGAAGAGGAUUGACGAAGAGACUUUGGCUCGCUGCUGCGAACCUUGAAUGGUUGCUUGCUCAGCGCCCUGACAUGGUUUGACGCCGUGGAAAAGAACACUAUAAUCAGGCCAGUAAUCAGCACGAUUCAGACGAA